AUGUCUUCCCAGCGCUUAGAAGAACUACUUGCCAACGAUAAAAUUGGGAACUCUGACUGGAGAUUUAACGACCGACUGUAUGCCUUGGCGGUGGCCUAUAUGGUAGGACAUUCAAAUGCCGCUGAAGUUAAAAUCCUACUGGAUAGUCUUUAUGAGGACCAGGACAAGAAGUGCCUUUACGGUGAACAUGAUGUGCGCUCGACAAAAUAUGAACUCCGUCCAAAGGGGCAACGGGAUGGAAGGUUGAUGACGGCCGAAGAUCUGAGGGCAGGGUUUGCAAAAGAUGGCACAUUGGCCCUUCGACACUUCAAGGAUAUGCAAAAAAAACAUAACUUGGAAUAAACAACAAGACUCCUUCUGGUUGUUUGGUAUAUUUCGAGAUUUCUUGGAAGAUCCUGAAGGGGAGAUGAUGAAGGUGGGAGGCCUGCCCCCCGUGGAUCCUUCCACACGAAAACCUGUUGAGCCACCAUGGGGACUCACUUUCCCAGGUACGACCGGCUUUUCCGAGGCUCGCGAGCCUACCUCUGAAGAUAGACCCAGCGAACAAGAAACUUCGCAAACGGAUGGAUAUGAUUCCGCAGAUGACAGUGGUACUGGAGCUCAAGCGCUCACCUUGUCGCAGAUUAAAGAGAAGUACCCUGGUGGGCCGCGUAAGGAACUGGUUGCCGCGCAUAAAGGUUCCAGGCGCUCCUAG